AUGGAGAUCAAACAAGAACUGUUGAAGUUCAGGUACUACAUCGGAGGCGCACUACUGGUGUGUCUGGCGAUAUUCUCCUUCCUCUUCCUGGUGCCGAGGUUCCUCAACGUCUUGGCCUAUUUCUGGCCUCUCUUUCUCUCCACCGCGCUCUUCCUCCUCCUUGUUCUCUUCUUCGCCAAAACCCAAGCUCCCCCCAACUCCGAAGCUUCCAUUCCCAAACCCGCCGAGGACCUCCUCCACUAUGUCGCCGGUCACCACCCCGAUCCGCCGUUCGAUGCCCACAAGUCCGAUUAG